AUGUUUCAAUCGAAAAACCAAAGUUUUAAUAAUUUGUCCAUGAACGAGCCUCUUCAAAGACGUACGCCAAGUCAAACAGAUAUUGCUGCAUUUAAAGAUUUAACAAAAAUCGAUGCACUUACAAGAUUACAAAAUUCAUUAAAUAAACUUGUCUUAACUACUCCAUCUCAAUCACAAAAAGAUGUUCGAACAGAAUUCGAUGGAUUUGAAAAAUUAUUUAGUCGAUAUCUACUUGAUAGUGUUGAUCAAUCAUCCAUUGAUUGGCAAGAAAUUCGACAACCACCAGAAGGAACUGUCAUUCCAUAUAAAAAAUUAACUGCAAUAGAUGAGCAUGAUACAAAAGAUUUCUUAAAUAAAUUAAUUGUUGUGAAACUUAACGGUGGUCUUGGUACAACAAUGGGUUGUCAAGGACCGAAAAGUGUUAUUUCUGUACGUAAUGAUUUAACAUUUCUCGAUUUAACAGUUCAACAACUGGAGCAACUUAAUCGUCAAUAUGGUUGUGAAGUACCACUUAUUCUAAUGAAUUCAUUUAAUACGCAUGAUGAAACAGAAAAAGUUCUUCAAAAAUAUAGUCAUGUUUCCGUUAAAAUCUAUAAUUUUAAUCAAUCAAAAUAUCCACGUGUUGAUCGAGAAACAUUAUUACCUGUUGCAACUAAUGUGAAUACUUCAGACAAUGAAUGUUGGUAUCCGCCUGGUCAUGGAGAUGUUUAUCAAGCAUUUUAUAAUUCUGGUUUACUCGAUGAAUUUAUUGAACAAGGAAAAGAAUAUAUGUUUUUAAGUAAUAUUGAUAAUCUUGGAGCAUCAGUAGAUUUAAAUAUUCUUAAUCAUUUAUUGACUGAUGAAGUAAAACAUGAAUUUGUUAUGGAAGUUACAGAUAAAACACGUGCCGAUGUUAAAGGUGGUACUUUAAUUGAAUAUCAAAAUAAAUUACGUCUACUUGAAAUAGCUCAAGUACCAAAAGAAAAUGUCGAUGAAUUUAAAAGUGUUUCUAAAUUUCGAAUUUUCAAUACAAAUAAUUUAUGGAUAAAUCUUCAAGCUAUUAAACGUGUUAUCGAAGAUAAUACCUUACAUAUGGAAAUUAUUGUUAAUCAUAAAUCGCUAGAUAAAGGCAUCAAUGUUAUUCAAUUGGAAACAGCUAGUGGUGCAGCAAUUAAAAGUUUUGAAGGAGCGCAAGGUAUCAAUGUUCCACGUAGUCGUUUUUUGCCAGUUAAAACAACAUCUGAUCUAUUACUUGUUAUGUCUAAUUUAUUUACAGUACAUCGUGGAAUUUUAAAAAUGAAUCCACAACGUUCAUUUCCUUCUGUACCACUUGUUAAACUUGCAAUAAGUUUUAAUAAAGUAAAAGAUUUUCUAUCACGUUUUCAAAGUAUACCUGAUUGUCUUGAACUUGAUAGUCUUACAGUAUCUGGUGAUGUUACAUUUGGCAAAGGUGUUUCACUACGUGGUACAGUUAUUAUUAUUGCUAAUCAUGGUGAUCGAAUUGAUAUACCAACAGGUGCAAUACUUGAAAAUAAAAUUAUUUCUGGAAAUUUACGUAUUCUUGAACAUUAA